GCUGUUAGCGGCCACGGUCAGUGGAGGGUAACCUUUCCCAGUCUGGGUGAUGUCUGGGUCUGGACCCUCCUCUCUCUGACCGUUGUCAGUCAUUGUCACCAGCUCCCUCCCUCCCCCACGGAUCAGUAACAGGAGGAGAGAGGAGGCGGGCUCCAACGCACAUCCUCUAACAUACACACAAGCAGCCUGCCGCUCAGCACAGAGAUCCGCGGGGCAGUAACGGGGGAUAUACCACAGUAUGUUCGGAUGAGGAUAGUCCGUGUUCCACACGGAGCUCCAUGGUCGUGAUGUAGGCUGUGUGCUCGGUGUGGGCACUGACAGGCUGCUGGACCCUCGAGAGCCCUUUGCUCCUUGCUUUUUGCAAAACAGAACGGUCUCGGGAAGCUCCAGCAACACAAGGUCCAAUGUUUUUUGCCCCUGAAACUGCACUAGACCCCAGAGCCAGGGCAUGGAUAUAUCUGAACUGGAGUUUGUUCAGAUAAUAAUAAUCCUCCUGGUGAUGACCCUCAUGAUAGUUGUGAUCAUCUGCCUACUCAACCACUAUUGGCUGCCAGCCCUGGCCUUCCUCAGCAGGCUCAGCCACACCCAGAGAGACCAGACCACACAACUGGAUGGCAGUGUGUGGUCAGACAGUGUGCUGACUCAGCAGAGAAAUACUGAGGUUAUGCCUGGUCGUCUUAACAGCAACAUGCCACACUUCAUGCAGCAGCAGCAACUGUGUCGCUUCCAGCCCACCUACCCUUACCUACAGCAAGAAAUCAUCAACCUCCCCCCCCUCAUCUGCCUGUCAGACGGGGAGGAGCUGCUGCCCUAUAAGGGUCCCUGCAGCUUACAGCUCCGCCACCCAGAGCAGCAGCUGGAGCUGAGUCGAGCUGCUGUGCGUGCUCCGCCGAAUCGGACUGUCUUUGAUAGUGACCUCAUAGAUAUUUACUCGCACAGCAAGAGCCCUCAGGCUCCCAGCAGUAACACUGGAACCAACGAUGCCAGUGCCACAACAGAGGGUCCCCCACCCUCAUACAGUGAGGUGAUGGGAGGCUACCCAAGUUCCACACCCUGCUACAGCCAGUACAACAAUAAUGCGCCACCCACAGAGAACAGGUUAGGAUGUGACAGUUCACAGAUGCUGUUUCAUGCUGGCAGCAGUGGUCCUGAGAGCACAGCAAAGACUUCCACUGACUUAAACAGCUGACAGAAGAAAACAGCAUGAGAGAAGAAAUAAGGGAACUGAAUUGUACUAACCAGUCCCUAUUCUCCAUGUUUCCUCAGUCACCCGAGGGGAGCACAUUCUGUCUACCUUAGCUGUACACCCUCACUAAACAUGAACUAACUCUAGGAGCUCAAUUGUUUUUUAUUUCAUAUUAAAGCUGAAAGAUUUUUUUAUUAGGUAUUAAAAUCUCUGCUUUGGUUGUCUAUUUUUGUACGCUUUACACUUCUGUAUGCUGACACUGUGGAUAUUCUGAUUCUGUUGCAAAGAAGAUUUUGUUUUGAUGUACCAGGUUUAUGGACAAACUCCUCUCAAAUCCAGAAAUUAGUGCAGUGAUUCACACUGUCAUUAGUCACUGGGACCUACUGUAGUAUGUAAUGUAAGCAAAUCUGAAGUUGCACUAACCUGGUUAAAAGCAGAGAAUUCCUGUAUUUUUUUGUUUUUGAGUAAAGGAGCUUCUAAGGUAGGAA